AUGACUGAAGAAUCGAUAUCGGUGGCGUGUCAGGAAGGAAAGUUGCUUACAGUUAAGUCACUGCUGUCACGGGACCCAAGACUGAGUAUCAAGCCGGACAGUGAUGAACGGUACCCUUUGCACUGGGCAGUGUCCUACCAGAGGGUGGAGAUUGUAAAGAUGUUACUCGAUCCUUUCGUGGUUUCUUCUAAGGAAAUAUCGGGUGGUGAAUCAGCCACGGAUUUACGACCCAAAAAGUUUGAUAUCGAUAUCGACGACAUGGUGGAUGGUGGUGGAUGGACACCCCUGCAUGUCGCCGCCUCUGUUGGCAACAUAGAAGUUCUGGAGCUUUUAUUGGCGCAUACACCCAAGCCUGACGUAAACCAGCAAACUUCAGGUGGCCAAACCCCAUUGCACUUUGCUGUGAGCAAAAACCUGCCUCAAAUAGCUGAGGUUCUGGUGUGUAAGGCUGGGGCAUCUACACGUCUCAAGGACAAAUUGGGCCAAUAUCCGAUACAUCGAGCCGCUUCUAUUGGAUCUUUGCGGUUGUUGAAGCUACUGGUGGAGCAUGGAAAGUCUCCUGUUGGUGCUAAGGACUCUUAUGGCUGGACGCCGAUGCACCAUGCCAUGGCAGAGGGCCACGGCGAUUUCGCGGUUGAGCUGGUGAAACUUGGGGCAGACCCGCAUGCAGUGGACUCUGAGGGCAAGACUCCAGUUCAAGUGGCAGUUGAUGCUAAAGUGGCUCAAUUUUUCAGGGAAAAUUGUGAUGUGUAG